AUGGUGUCGGUGAUGGUCAUCUGUUACCUGCUGUGCUGGCUGCCUUACGGGAUCAUGGCUCUUCUGGCCACGUUUGGGCCCCCGGGUCUGGUCACUCCUGAGGCCAGUAUCAUCCCCUCCAUCCUGGCCAAGACAAGCACUGUCAUCAACCCGGUCAUCUAUGUUUUCAUGAACAAACAGUUUUACAGGUGUUUCCAGGCCUUUCUCCACUGCACCAUUCCAAGAAGAGGCUCCAGCGUUAGGAGCUCUUCCCGGAUCUUUACCAAAGUGUUUAAAGGUGGACCAGGUGCCCAACGGCGAACCAAUGACUUCCUCGUCAUGGUGGCUUCUCUCGGCCAACCGGCGAUCACAGUGCCCCAACUGGGAUGCUCCUUUGAGCCCACCAUAGACAUCACCAAACCUCAAUCGUCAGACAUCGUCAACCAGCCCGUGGUGGUGUCUCUGGUCGCACACGUUGAUGACUGA